GGUAUUAUGGAUUGCAUUUCAUUCCAAUUUCCUCUCGAGCCUCUGUAACUUCUCUCAAAGAGCAUCCAUGGAGGAGUUUUGUACGUAAUUUGCCGCAAGCAUAAGGGUGAACAAAUUUAAUUGUUUCAGUGGGUUCUUCAGCUAUAAAAAACACACAGGGUACAUCUGGAUUUAAGUAGCGCUCAUCAAAAUGGCGGCUGGUGCGAGCGCAAUUACACGUUCUCAAGAGUACAUCAGCUUUCGUAGUUCUGUUCCUUUGAGACGGAUUGUGGUUGAUAUUGAUGAUGAAAAGGAGUGGUUGGUUUAUGAUGCUGGUCCUCGUGUUGUACAGUGUCCCCUCAUUUGUUUACCUCCUGCUAGUGGUACUGCUGACGUGUUUUUCAAACAAAUUCUUACUCUUUCAAGUCUUGGUUACAGAGUGAUAUCUGUUGAAUACCCUGUUUAUUGGACAUACCAUAAGGGAUUGUUAGGGUAUCUUGAAAAGUAAUUUUUUUUGAUAAUGACUGUGAUAAAUUUUCCUCUUUUUUAGGUCCAUAUAUUUGGGGCAUCUCUUGGAGGUUUCCUUGCACAGAAGUUUGCAGAAAUGACGUACAAAAGCCCAAGAGUACAUUCAUUGAUUCUGUGUAAUGCUUUUGCAGAUACAUCAGUUUUUCAACAAACUUCAUCUGCAUCUACCUUUUGGGUAAUGCCUGCUUUUGUAUUAAAGAAAAUGAUAAUGAACAAUUUCACAACACAAGAAGUUGAUGAGGACAUUGCAGACUCAAUAGACUUCAUGGUAGAGAGGCUGGAAAGUUUGGGAAGGAGUGAAUUGGCAUCAAGAUUGACACUUAACUGUUUAGACUCGUAUGUUGAGCCACAGAAACUGGCUGGAAUUCCUACAACUAUUAUUGAUGUUUUUGAUGAUUGUGCCCUCUCCCAGCCAGUAAAGGAGGAACUCUACAAGUGUUAUCCAGAUGCUAAGAGAGCUCAUUUAAAGAAGGGUGGCAACUUUCCAUAUCUUUGCAGGAGUGCUGAUGUUAAUCUCUACCUACAGAUUCAUCUCCGGCAAUUCAUGGGAAAACGAUUCAAUGCCAUGGAUCCUAAAUGUAUGACAGAAGAGGACAUGGUAUCAUGUGGUCUGUUGCCAUCAGCAGAUCCCCCUUCUGUGGUGUCCUCUGAUGAGGAGGACAAGUAAUAAAUAAAUAGUUUUGUAAUAAUAAUUAUUGAGAGUAAAUUAUAAGUUUGGCAAGAGAAGAGCAGCUUGUGAUUAGAUAAACAUUAUUUUGUGAUGCUGCUGAUUCAAAUGAAGGCUGCUGACUCCAGUUUUUGCAGAAGCAGUUGGCUUGCAUGAUGCAGAAUGCAAAAUUGUUGUUACAUGUAUCUGUGAGGUGAAUAGAAAGAUGCUAUUGGUGAAGCAACAGUUAACUUUGGCUUGAUGCAGUUAGGCAGCAAUUGAAUCAUACACAAAGAAACUCUUGAAAAAAGGGAAUAUUUCAGCAAGAAACAGGACAGGAAUCAACUUAAAGUCAUGUCAUCCUUGACUCUCAAACACUGAAUAGUGCUGCUUGAAGUGAGACAAGUAACACAUAGUUUGAACUGGUGAAACAGUAUUUAGAAAGGCUUUUCGAGUUAACAUACCUUAAAGAGGAUGUCAACCAACAGUUUUCUUCCUGAAUGAUUAAUGUAAAUCUACGCAAGUUUGUUUCAAAGUUUGUAACCGUGAGAUAUCACAACCUAGUUACUAAAGCUUAGAAUCUUCAAACAAUUUUAAACAAGAACACCAGCUUUCACUUGUGUAUUCUAAGUGAAGUUAGUCUUCCAGUCACCGUAGCCAAAGCUUUACGACUGAGGAAGCAGGUUGUUACAAUUAAGGGAACAGCUAAGAUAUGGAAAUUGUUUAACGAAAUGAGUGAAUCAAGAAGGAUUGCCAUGUCUGCCAUGGAAAUUCCAAAUUAGUUUCCUCCUGGAAGUGGCCAAACCCCCUUUUGGCCCUAUCGAUUUAGAUUUUAAUUUCCGUCAUACUUUCAUUAAAACAAAUGUUAUUUUCUUUCAAUAAGACAAAUGUUACGUAACGUGAGGCACUGCUCCCUUGGAGGUUUCUAUCACCUCUAGAUGGGCGGUAUGGCUCUCCUCUAAAAUUACGAAUACAAUAGGGCAAACCUUUAGAUUGUACUAUUGUGCUUGUUGGAUGUAUUUUCAAUAAAAGUAGUUCAGGAACAGUGCUA